AUGAGACAAGAAACGAAGUCACAUUUGACAGGGGACUUUAUUGCCUCUGCCGUGUCGGCGACAAUUGUAACUCCUGCGGUUACCAUCAUUGAUCGGGCUUUGGUUGAAAAGGCGUCAUGUAACUGGCCGAUAAUACGUGGGUUGAGAUCCCAUACCUUGGAUGCUCUGAAGCGACCAGGCCGUUUUGUCUUCUCUCGUCCUUUUGGCCUCAUUUGGACAUUGUACGCAGCCACCUAUGCCGUCGCCAAUGGGGCCGACACUAUCACCAAGGAAACAAUCCCGACAUCACCAGUACGGGAUCCCAUUGUCUUCGGGUCGACCUUCGCUAUUAAUGUGCCUCUGGGAGUGUGGAAGGAUAUGCGCUUUGCACAGCUGUUUAGUAACUGCAGUAAGGAGGCGACUGUUGCACUACGAAAUGUGCCUUCUCGGGCAUUUUCCAGCGUUGGAACGGCCGUAUUUCUUCUUCGCGAUGGCAUAACUAUUUCUGGCUCUUUCACAUUGCCUUCGUAUUGUGCUGGGGCCAUUCCAGACGGCCUAGCAACAGGGCCGCACUCGAGAACUGUGAUAACGCAAAUCGUUGUGCCAGUUUUAUCUCAGCUUAUGGCGACCCCGGUGCACCUUCUCGGUCUGGACUUAUACAAUCGACCUAAAGUGGCUGCAACAAGCGAGAGAUUUACACUCAUGGCACGGUAUCUUCCAUCGGCGACCGUUGUUCGAUGUAUUCGCAUCAUCCCGGCGUUUGGAUUCGGGUGUCUAACGAACAUGGAGUUACGAGAAUACUUUCACAGUAAAAUUAGACUAGAGCACAUUAACCAAUGA